AUGUCAGGUGAUUCAGCGGCGGCGACGACCAUCUCCAGUCACCGGAGUGCCGCUCGCGUCGUAGUAGUCGGUGAUCAAGCCACUGGUAAAUCAAGCCUAAUCGCGACAGUUGCCUCCGAUACUUUUCCCGAAACCAUUUCACCUGUUCUUCCUCCCACUCGUCUUCCUGCCGACUACUUCCCCGAUGGCAUUCCCGUCACAAUUAUUGACACUCCAUCUAGUUUGGAAGAUAAACCUAAGGUAGAGGAAGAAUUGAAGCGGGCCGAUGCAGUAGUCAUAACUUAUGCUUGUGAUCAACCUGAAACACUCACUCGCGUUCAGACUUAUUGGCUUCCUGAAAUUCGGCGCCUAAAGGUGAAGGUACCAGUGAUUGUGGUUGGAUGCAUGCUAGAUUUGCGUGACGAACACUACCCUAUUAAUCUAGAGCUGGAGAUGGGUCCAAUAAUGCAACAAUUUAGGGAGAUUGAGACUUGUUUAGAGUGUUCUGCAGCUAACCUUGUUCAGGUAGCUGAGGUCUUUUAUUAUGCUCAAAAAGCAGUGCUUCAUCCAACAGCCCCCUUGUUUGAUCAAGAAUCUCAAACUUUGAAACCUCGCUGCAUAAGAGCAUUGAAAAGGAUAUUUAUUCUUUGUGAUCAUGAUAUGGAUUCUGCCCUUAAUGAUAGCGAGUUGAAUGAAUUUCAGGUAAGGUGUUUCAACGUUCCUCUACAACCUUCUGAAAUAGUGGAUGUUAAGAGAGUAGUGCAAGAGAAGGUACCUGAAGGGGUCAACUAUCUUGGGAUUACCCUAGAGGGAUUUCUUUUUCUUCAUGCCCUAUUUAUUGAAAAAGGCCGCCUUGAGACUACGUGGACCGUCUUACGUGAAUUUGGUUACAAUGAUGACGUUGAACUCGAGAAAGAGAAUAUUCCUGUUCCAUCUAAGAAGGCUCCUGACCAGUGUGUCGAAUUGACGAGGGAAGCUGUGGACUUCUUGAAAGGGAUAUUCAAUUUGUUCGAUUCCAACCAUGAUGGAGCUCUACAAGAUUCUGAGCUUGAUGAGCUGUUUUCAACUGCACCAGAAAGUCCAUGGAAUGAUGCGCCUUACAAGGAUUCUGUGGAGACAACUGAACUAGGGGAUCUAAAACUUUCUGCGUUUCUAUGUCAGUGGGUCCUAAUGACAUUACUUGAUCCAUUUCAAAGUUUGGCUUAUUUGAUAUACGUGGGAUAUACUGGUGAUCCUGCAAAAGCGCUCCGUGUUACUCGAAAAAGAUCCUUAAAUGUUAAGAAGCAACAGACAGACAGACAUGUUUUCCAAUGCUUUGUUUUUGGACCCAAAAAUGCUGGAAAAUCUGCACUGUUGAGCUCAUUUGUAGGAAGGCCUUUCCAGAACAAAUAUAAUUUAACAAGCAAUCAAUGUUACACAGUCAAUACUGUUGACCAACUUCGGGGAGUUAAUAAGACACUCGUAUUACAUGAAAUUCAAGAAGGUGACUUUAAAGAAUGUCUAUCCAAUAAGGAGUCAUUGGCUGCCUGUGAUGUAGCAGCUUUUGUUUAUGACAGUUCGGCCGAGUAUUCUUUAAAAAGAGCUUCAGAAUUGCUCACGGACGUAGCUAGGCACGGAGAAGAUAGUGGGUAUGGUGUGCCUUGUCUCAUCAUUGCUGCUAAGGACGACUUACAUUCGUAUCCGAUGGCAAUCAAAGAUUCAGAAACGAUUUGUCAGGCAAUGAAAAUAGAUGCACCUAUUCGUAUCAGCGUGAAAGAAAAACAUAUGAACAAUGUGUUCCACAGAAUUGUUAAUGCAGCCGAGCAAUGUCACUUGGGUGUUCCGGAGACUGAACAUGGGAGAAACAAGAAGCAUUUCCAACAGCUUGUGAACCGUUCUCUCAUUCUUGCUUCCGUAGGAGCUGCUGUUGCUGUAGUUGCUUUGGCAGCAUACCGAGCCUAUGCUAGGAGGAAAAGUAACUCUGCCAAUUAGGGAAAGGCAGUAGCAUCAACCUUCUUGCUGCACCAUUGGAGUUGAAAUAAGUGGUUCGUUACUCUCCAUGUUUUUACCUGCUUUUAAACUGCCAGUUCUCAAUCUAGCAUCAAUGAUCCUCUGAGUUCUUGACUCCCAUUUUCGCUUUUAUAUAGUUAUAGCUCCGAUGUUAUCUACAACUCCAUUGCUCUGGUAUCUCAAAUUUUCCAUUUUUUGUUAGAAGAAACAAUACAUAAU